AUGAGUGACAAUAAAAGUGUCGACCAGGAGUCAAGACUCAAAAGUGUUGAACAUGCUUCAGAGGAAUACGAUGUUGAGCAAUCAUCGCAAGACCAAGAGCAACAAUUGCAGCUGCAAGAUGAAUUCACCGAAGAUGAGAAACACCAAUUGAACAAGAUUUAUCGUAAAUUGGAUUUCAGAAUUAUUCCUGCAUUGUGGUGCUUGUACUUUCUUACAUCGUUUGGCUCCAACUGUUAUGGUUUAACAUUGACAAUGAACACCGAACAGGGUCAUUCUUUGAUCCAGUCAUUGAAUCUUACUUCAAAACAUACUUCAACUGCAUCAGCAUUGUAUUAUGUUGGAUACAUUAUCUUUGAUGUGCCCAUGAACUUGAUUAUGACCAGAGUGAGUCCACAAUCGUGGUUGGCAAGAAUUGUGAUUACCGUUGGGUUGGUGUAUGCCUGUUAUUCUGCCUUGGGUAGUGCCGGUGCCUUGAUUGCCGUGAGGUUUAUUAGUGGUGUUGUUGGUGCAGGUACUUGGCCAGGUAUGAGUUACUAUGUGUCGUUGUGGUAUCCCAACGAUAGAUCCACUAGACGUAUUGGAUACUAUUUCACUGCAGCCCAGAUUUCUGCUGCCGUGGCUGGUUUAGUUAGUGCUGGUUUCCAAAAGAUUGAUGGAAAUAGAGGUUAUUAUGGUUGGCAAUGGAUGUAUAUGGUCUAUGGUGUUAUAACCAUUGCCGUUGGUAUCUCAUUGCUUUGGUGGUUGCCAGAUAGACCUUUCAAGAUCUAUCAGGACUCGGAAAAGAAGGCUAUGCAAUUUUACAAUAGGUUUUUCACUCCUAACCAUCCUUUAAACUCUGAGGAUAAGGAAUUGCACAGAAGAGAUUUGGAGCAUAGAUACAAAUUGCUCAAGUGGACAUGGCGCGAUGUUGUUGAGAUCUUGACUGAUUUGAGACUCUACCCCUUGGUGAUUAUGUAUUUCGGAGUUGUUGGUACUGGCUUUGGUUUGGCUGUGUUUGGAUCAACUAUUAUCAAGGCUAAUGAUCCUAACUUGACUUCGAUCCAAGUGUCAUUGUUGUAUGCGCCAAUUUGGUUAUUUGAUCUUGGCGGUAUAUUGACAAUUACUCCAUUUGCCGAUAGGUUUAAGAGAUUGAGACCAAUAAUCUUUAGUGGUGCUUGUUUGAUUAUCAUUACUGGUAUGGUUGUAACUACUUAUGCGCAUGGUCCAUGGAACAAGUAUGCUGGUUUGUUGAUUGCUGGUUAUGGGUUGGGACCAACUGUGCCAAUUUGUAUGUCGUGGUCGGCUGAGAUUUUCCACAAGAGAUAUGGUGAUGUUGGAACUGCAGUGAGUGCAGCUAUUGUUAGUGGAUUGGGUAACUUGGGUUCAGUUACCGCUACUUAUGCGUUGUACACCGGUUGGCCAGCAGAUGUUGCCAGGUUGUACGAGUACUCCAACAUGAUGUUGGUUUUGAUGUUGGGUGUGAGUAUUAUCUCGUCGGGUGUCUGUUACUUGAUCAAGGAUAAGAUUAGACAACAAUAA